AUGAGCUCCUUUUACCGCCCCUCGACCAAAAACUCGGCUCAGGCCGCCUCGGCCAAGCUCACGCGUGCUGAGCGCGAAGCCCUCGAGGAAAAUAAUCUCAACAUUCUUCGCGCAGGCAUCGAGCGCGUACUCUGGUCUCUCGACCCAGCCUGUGACUUGGCCAAGCACCUGCGCAGCACCAAAGUCGAGAUCCGUCGACAUUCAUUGUCUUCCCUCCUACACGAAAAGAAACCCCCUCAGGUCCGAAAGGAUUCACCAGACGAUGAAGAUGAAGACGAAGACGGAGACGAAGAGGAAGACGACAAUGCUCUCCUCCCCGACCAAGUCUUUGUCCAGAGCUCGCCGUUGCGUCGCGAACUUCCCCGCAACACGAGAAGAUCGGCCCGUAUGUCGAUGAACCUUCCCGAACGACGUCGCCCAGCGCCCCCCGAACGAAUACUACCCAGUAUCGAAAAGACAAACUCUGACCAGGCCUCGGAAGCGAUAACGGUGGCGUCUGCGGUUUUUGAUUCGCCAAAUAAAGAACAAAGCGCGACGACGGCUGCGACAAGCGUGAUGGAGGCUGGGGAAGAAACAAAACCAGAGUUCAAGACACCAGCCAAAACGCCAGCCAAAACGCCAGCCAAAACGCCAGCCAAAAAGAGAGCUGCCGAGGAGGAUUACGAACCAUCAUCGCCUGUUGCCAAAAGAGUAAAGACAUGGUUGGGUACACUUACUGGAGGAUAUAUGGAGUAA